GUGAGGCCCUGGGUGGGUGUCCUUGAAACAGGCAGGCCAAAUGGGGACAUGCAUAGCAGCCCCUUCCCAACUGGAGCCUGAGUCUUUCUGCAUUUAGAGACCAAAAAAGGCUUGCAGGAGCCAGGGUUGGACUCUUAUCUACUGGGCUGGGCCAGUGGACAUGCCUUAUUUAUAACUCUGCUGACAAAAGUCCCACAACAUUAAAGCAACCCAAUGAAGCCCAGGGCCUGCCUGCACAGUGCUGGCCCUCAUCCCCACUGGUCUGGUUGCUGGGCAGAAGGAAGGGCUCUGACCUCUAACAUCACAGAUUGCUGAAAGACAGGUGUCAGCAUGACUGAACGAUUUGACUGCCACCACUGCAAUGAAUCUCUGUAUGGCAAGAAGUACAUUCUAAAGGAGGACAACCCACACUGUGUGGCCUGCUUCGAGGAACUCUAUGCCAAUACCUGUGAGGAGUGUGGAACACCCAUCGGCUGUGACUGCAAGGACUUGUCCUACAAGGAUCGGCACUGGCAUGAAGGCUGCUUCCACUGCUCCCGGUGUGGAAGCUCGCUGGUGGACAAGCCCUUUGCUGCCAAGGAGGAACAGCUGCUGUGCACCGACUGCUAUUCCAAUGAAUACUCGUCCAAGUGCCAGGAAUGCAAGAAAACCAUCAUGCCAGGUACCCGCAAGAUGGAAUACAAAGGCAGUAGCUGGCAUGAGACCUGCUUCACCUGUCAGCGCUGCCAGCAGCCCAUUGGAACCAAGAGCUUCAUACCUAAGGAGAAUCAGAACUUCUGCGUGCCCUGCUAUGAGAAGCAGUAUGCCCUGCAGUGCGUGCAGUGCAAAAAGCCUAUCACCACAGGAGGUGUUACUUACCGGGAACAGCCCUGGCACAAGGAAUGCUUUGUGUGCACAGCCUGCAAGAAGCAGCUAUCUGGGCAACGCUUCACAGCACGGGAUGAGUUUCCAUACUGCCUGACCUGCUUCUGUGACUUGUACGCUAAGAAAUGUGCUGGGUGCACCAACCCCAUUAGUGGUCUGGGUGGCACAAAGUACAUCUCUUUCGAGGAACGCCAAUGGCACAACGACUGCUUUAACUGUAAGAAGUGCUCCCUGUCUCUGGUGGGACGAGGCUUCCUCACAGAGAGAGACGACAUCCUCUGUCCUGACUGUGGAAAGGAUAUCUGAAGGCGCCACAGAAGCCACAGCGCAUGGCGCAGAGAUUCGGUUGUUUUCUUUCAUAACCAGGCAAUGCUGUGUUCUGAUUCCCACCAGCCACCACGAGGCUUCCUCUUGCUGCCCUGGCUUCACAUUUGUUGAAACCCUUUAGUUCUUUUCUUCUCAGUGGGGACAAGAUCCAUCCUUAAGCCCCGGAUGGGAAGAUGGUUUGGAAUUUUAUAGAAAUGCAAGGCAGAUUAAAUGAAAAAGUCUUGAGUGUCUUUAUAAUGCAUCCUUCCUUCACAUCCUAUUUAAUUUUUUAAGUGCAAUUAACAUGUGUUAUGAACUUGAAUGUAUUUUCAAGGGAGAGCUGGGACUUGCAGCUUUGUGACUUCCUUUUUAUGUAAAACCUAGAGUAAGAUUUAUGUGACUUACAAUAAAAUUAUUCAGAAUAAAACAUUUUGCCAAGCACA